AAACUUCAGCUAUUUUCGGCAAUUUUCUCGAACCCGUGAUUUAGGUCUGUGAAAAUUACCAGUUACAGCGAAAAUACUCUAAGUGACUUGAGUGAAAAUACUUAUCGAACAGUGAUUUCUACUUUUGACCAUCACUGCUUUGUGUGUUUCAUCUUCAGUUUGUGAUGUUGUGAAAAAGUUGUUGUGAAAAAUGCCUAAAGUGCUUUAUACGCAAAAGUUUCGCGAUGCUUGGUUGCAGGCUAGUGAGUUUAAGGCCUGGAUCCGGAAGGAUGAGACGGAUUUGACAAAAGCAUACUGUAGCUACUGCAAAUGCAGUAUUAAAACGAAAUUAUUCGAUUUAAGGGCUCAUGCUGAGACGAAGAAGCACAUUUCGGCAUCGAGUUGCUUCAGUCAAAGCAACAAAAUUUCGUUCUCUCGGAUGCCUAAGAAGCAAACAGAGCAGGAAGCAGCGUUGUGCCUAUUUAUAGCAGAGCACACUGCUAUUGCACAAAUAGACCACCUCAGCAGAUUGUGUGUGCAUAAUUUUGGCGCGUGUCCUUCUGCUGCAAAAAUAAGGCUUGGCCGAACAAAGUGCACAAGCAUUAUUAACAACGUUUUGGCGCAGCACUUCGAUGAAGACUUAACUGCAGACAUUGGUGAUUCGAAUUAUAGCCUGCUCUUGGAUGAAUCUACAGAUGUCAGCGUAACAAAGCUAGUUGGUGUUGCCAUAAAUUACUUCAGUGUAAAAUGUGGCGCAAUUGUAUCUACUUUUUUAAGCCUUAUUCCCAUCGAAUCCGGAGAUGCUGUUUCGAUAGCCGAAGGUGUUAGACAGGAGCUCGUUCGAUUGAAGAUAAAUAUUAAUAAAAUGGUUGGAAUUGGCACUGACAAUGCAAGCGUUAUGACUGGAGUAAAGAGAAGCGUUUAUACCGAGCUCAAAAAAGAUGUUCCAUCGCUUAUUUUGAUCAAAUGUGUCUGUCAUUCGGUACAGCUGUCAGUCAAUCAUGCUUGCGCCAAAUGUUUGCCAGAUCAGUUGGAAUUUUUAAUCCAUGAUACUUACUCUUGGUUUUCUAAAAGCUCUAAGCGACAAAUCAAUUAUAAAAAAAUAUAUCAAUCCAUAAACGAUGACAAGGUACUAGUGUUCGUCCAAAUGUUUCGUUCUUUUGUGUCCUGCGAUCGUGAUUGUCCAAACUAACUUACUUAAAUUUUAAUAUCAAUUUAUAGCUGCUGUAACCUGUUCUUAAUAUGUAUAAAUGUUUGAUUUAUGUGUGAUUCGAUUUAAACUGUUUUCUUUAUCUGAAAUCUUAUCCUUAGUUGCCCUUGAAAAUCCCUAGAGUCUGCGAGACUAGAUGGCUUUCAAUUGAGCUGGCGGUGUCCAGGAUUGUUGAUCAGUGGGCUGAGCUAAAAUUGCAUUUUUCCAUAGCUUCACUCCAGGAGAACUGUCACAAAGCCAAAAUCUUGCACGAACUGUACAGUGACGAAGUAAAUUGCCUUUACUUAUUGUUUUUGAAGCCGAUAUUAGUGGAAAUGCAGCGCUUAAACAAAAACUUUCAAAGCAGAAAUUCAAAUGCUACAAAACUUUUGAAAGAUUUAAUAGCAACAAUCAAAUCGUUGAAGGCCUUAAUUAUACCACCAGGCUUUGAUAUCGACAUUUUGAAAUUUGAUUUCAAAUGUAUGGUUGAAACUAAUCUAAGCUUGGGGUAUGACUUUGAAAAAAAAAUUAAGUCCUUACAACUUCAGGAGCAGAUCGAAGUUGAAAUUCGAACGAAGUGUGCGAAUUUCGUUGUGGAGUUGGUCCAACAGCUAAGAGCCAGAUUGCCGGAGAACUUCGAAACGCUGGAAAAAAUAAAUGUUUUUUCUGUUGAUAGGAUUUUGAGAGCUCAAAAAGAAAAAAUUGAAGAUUUCUUGGAGCAGCUCAAUGUGGAAAAUAUAAGCGAUAUCCUAACGCAAUACGGAAAGAUCCAUUUAUUUGACUGGGAGAACAAGGAAGACACUGUCAAAUUUUGGGCAGAAGUGCUGAGCUUUAGGGACUCAGGUGACAACAACCCUUUCAAGUCCUUAGCGCUGUUUGCUAUAAGGCUACUCUGUUUGCCUUGGUCAAAUGCUGAGGUAGAGCGUGUGUUCAGUCAAAUGAACAUAGUAAAAAGUAACCUCAGAAACAGGUUACACAUAAAAACACUAAAUUCAAUUUUAAAAAUAAGAUACGGCCUGCGCAGAAAUGGAAAAUGCUGCCACGACUAUGAAGUGCCAACGAAAUUUUUAAAAAUGAUGGCCGAAAAUGAAAAAUAUAAUAAUGAAAAUAGUGACGAUGUAGAUUUAAUAAAAUCAUUAUUGGACAUUUAAA